AUUUCUGCAGAGUUGUCGGUCAAUAUUGACCAAGCACAAGUUGUGCUGCAAGACACAUGCAAACGUACCUACGAGGUGAUUGGAAGCAAGCAGGUGAAGUGUCUUGGCAUUGGAGAGAAGUGCGCCUUCACUAUCCUCGCUGGUGUUUCUGUGAGCAGCCAGGCCCUUCCAUUUCAGGCCAUCUGGAAAGGCAAAAUGAAGGUGUCUUUAUCACAUCCAUCCUCACCUAGCUAUGCCGAAGCUUGGGAAAUCGGGAUUCGCUUCGAGACUUCCAACACAGACAACUACUGGCCUACAUUCGGUACCAUGUGCAGCUAUGUCACAAAUAUCCUCGCCCCGUACUUUGCCAGCAUGAAAGCGAAGCUCAAUCCCCCAGCAGAUCAGGAAUGUAUCCUGCUGCUAGAUGUUUGGUCUGAGCAUUGCAGCGAGCAAUUUCGCGAUUGGAUGAAGAAGACUUAUCCGUGGAUAGUUUUGAGCUACAUCCCUGGUGGCUGUACCAGUAUC